AUAUUACAUAACAGGGAUCGACAGAUUUUGUUUAGAUAAUUGUUAAUCGUUCAAUCUGAAGUGCAUUUUGAUCAGUGUUCUGGAGGGUAAAAUGUCCAUGAAGCUUAAUGCAUUUUGGUCCACAGACACUGAGGAGGAGAGGCAGCUCGUGAGUGUCUGAGAAAUAACUUGGAAAUGGCGCCAUCCUUUGGAAAUCUUGAGCAACUGACGUGUGCAUGAUGUGAGACUGCUGGUGCGCAACUGCACUGGCCCCACUGACGCAUGGGCAUGCUGCUGGUGGCAUUAUCUAUUACAUGGAAAAGACGAUAGGCUUUCAUGUUGCAGGGAAUGGCAUGCUGACAAUGUGUGCCAUUUCAUGACGGGCCUCUCCAGUUUGCUCUUCACAGUUCUCACGAAUCCACCAUGGGAAACGCACGGGUUACAGCGCACCUAUAAAAAUAUGAUACUUUAUGAAAAUGCCACUCUGGGCCGCCCAGCCGCGCAGUAAAGCUCGGGGGGUGGGUGGGGGACUCAGUGUCUUGCUCAAGGACACGUCAGCAGGGCGGAUGCUGGGCGACACUGAGGUCUUGAACCCUGAUCUUUGUGGCUGGGGAGCGGUGGACGCCCUCACCGGCUCCUGGUUUCAGCUGAUACGUGAUUUUAGGGUCAGAAAAACACAGAUUCGCGAGGGAAAGUUCUUGAACGGCGCAGCAGAAGAAGUGGGACCACAAGAGCCCUGUCAUUGCUCUCCGGUGACAAGUGGGCCUGUUUUUACACCUUCCUUCUAAAUAAGGAAGCGGCCUGACAGACAUAUGACCACCGACCCAAUUUGGGAGCAGCCCGAGUGCCCCAUCGCGUCCCAUGGCCGCUGAACGCCACCAAUAAGCUUCCUCCCCUUCCAGUCCAGCAGUGACAGUAGGCUAUUCCCCUCAACUCUCCACAGACUUGGUAUUUUUCCUGCUGUCAGCACCCUCUCAACCCUUGUAUUAUCCCAGCGGUGAAGUCAGCAUGAUGUCAUCUAGGGAUGCGCUAUCACUGGCAAGGUUGAAACAGGGUUUUUGGUGAGUGGUAAAGGAUUUAUUCUGAACUCUUACCGAGAGGGAGACAGAGAGGGAGAAAGAGAGAGAGAAAGAGAGAGUGUGUGUGAGAGAGAGAGGCGCGGAGGAGCUGCAAAACAUGGUAAUCACCACCACCAACAUCACCAUCACCAUCACCUCCAGCUCUGCCGCGCACUCUCCCGUCUCCUCCUCUGCACCGGGGCUUGCGUUUCAUGCCCAAAGCCCUGAUCUGCGCUCCAAAAAUAACCCUCAGCCAGCAUGCCGAAGGAAGCAAAACAAGAAGAGCGGUAUUUUUAGGGUCAUUAAUUUCGACCACGUGGUCCGAAGGUAAACCGGAUGGCCGUUGCGCAAAGGUUCCUCGUCAGUAUGUCCUGCGAGGCCGGCACGCCGCACUGGACGCUGACCGCGGCGGUUCUCCUGGGCUUUCUGCUGGGGAUCGUGUCAGCGUACCCUUUACCGAGCAGCAGGACAAAUGCAACUUUGCUGGAGAAACGAUGGGAGACCCUCUUCUCCCGCUCUGUACUGGGGAUCUCCGGGGAGAAACCGGAGCUGAACUGGGAGAGUGACUAUCUGCUGGGCAUCAAAAGAGUGCGGAGGCUCUACUGCAACGUGGGCAUCGGGUUUCACCUUCAGAUCCUCCCCGACGGCAGGAUAAACGGUGUACAUAAUGAAAACCAGUACAGUCUAAUAGAAAUCUCUACGGUGGAGAGAGGAGUGGUGAGCCUGUAUGGGGUGAAGAGUGAGUUGUUUGUCGCAAUGAACAGCCGUGGAAGGUUAUACGGAACGACAGUCUUCCAUGACGAGUGCAAGUUCAAGGAGAGCUUGCUCCCAAACAACUACAACGCCUAUGAGUCUCUGGUUUACAGAGGCUCCUACAUAGCACUCAGCAAGCAUGGCCGCGUGAAGAGAGGCAACAAGGCCACCACUGCCAUGACUGUAACGCACUUCCUACCCCGAAUAUGAUGAGCAAAAACUGGCAAUAACAAACUUAUUUGCACAUGUGGAAUAUUUCCCAGGUAACAUAAAUACCGUAUACAUACGUACAAACACAAAAGACAAAAUGGACUGUAAAAGAAAGAAAUACAACUAUAUCUGAUAAUAUUUAUUCAAACUUUAUAUGUAUAUUUGGGUAGCUUACUUUGUAUUAGAAAAUUAUGGAAAUGCCAUUCUUUGCUGCUUUUAUGAUUUUCAUCAUUUUGUGAUAUGAAGGGGAUGGAGAGGCAUCAUUUGUCCCCUCAGUUUUUAUGGGUGCUUGCUGGAAUUGGCCGAGUCCUUGCCCUGUCGGUGGAUGACGGUUCAUCCUUUUGGAAAUGAAAUGGAUACGUUAUUACCUCAAAGCACCAUAUCCUGAGAAGAGGAGGAGGAAAAAAAAGAGAAACGUGCGCAUGAAAUUUCUCCAGAGUUAUGUUUCCUUGAAAAUGUUUUUGUCGUCAUCUGUUAAGGACUUGGACAUUUCCCAUUCGCUAUGUUCGACUGUGUCUGUCACUGUCAGGGCAACUAGAGCACUUGCAAAUAUGGUGGUGGUUUUUCUUGCUUUGUCAUGAGGCGGCGGUGCCUUGGAUUCCUACGUGCAGCCCCCUUACCCUUGCAUGCGAGAAACGUGGUGCUCAAGUCAGAAAUAGGAAUGAAACGCAAGUCAUCACUCCCCUCAGACACCACCGGCCCAAUUCCUAGAGGGCCAGAGGUUUCUCCACUUUAUUUUCUUUCCAUAAUUAGAUCAAUUAAGUAAUUGAGACUCUAUGCUGCACAGGACCCAGUGGAGCCUCUUGUUAAUAUGGAAAGCUAGAUUUAGAGUUAGCAUUCAACUCCCCCCCCCUAUCAUGUCCAAGGGAGCUUUGACAAUCCCAGGUUUUACUUUCACAAAUUUUGUAGCCAGAUCAUCAGGCCAGGUUGAGUGUGAGUGUGUACUGUAUGUAUGCGGAAUUGUUAAGUUUGAGAGCUGCUAAAUUUGAGAGGGAAUUUUUUGUUCUUGAUUGUGGGUGGUCAAGGGGGCAUCUGUGUAGCUGAAUAUCAUAGACCAGACACUAUGAAGCAAAAUGUCCUUCAUUUCUGUUUGCUUUAUGUUGUGUUUUACCCCUGUUCAAACUGAAUUGGUGCCUCUGGUCUGUAGAUUAUACUUUGUUGAUGGUUCACACUAAUUUAUUCAAUUUGUUUUGAAAAUGUUGACUUUAUAGCAAAAGUGAUGACAGGAGCUUUUUGACUUUCACACUGGUUUGAUGAUAUCUGGCACUUACAAUAAUGUGCUUAUGCAGAAAUGAGUGGAGUUACAGUGGGAUGUCAUUGAUUAGUCAGUUCACUGUAAAUAUGAUGGUCUACUGUAUUAAUUUAAAAGAGUGUAAAUACUCCAGUAUGUUUUAGAGAGAGCUGGAAUGGCGUCAGAGUUCAUGAUCUUGGGAUUUGUGAACAAUACUUCAGGUAACUCAGUCUGUCUGAUGUUUAAAUGAUGGUUGUGCUUAUUGAUCGCAUAUUUCUAAGCUAUUUAUGCAUUAUUCAGAUUGGUCACUGUGUGUAUGGCUUCUUAUGAAAAAAGAAAAAUGAGCAAUGUUGCAAAAAGCAGUGAACCAAAGGGUUAUGUUGAGAUGUUCAUUCAGGCUCUGUGUAUGCAGCAUACCAUACUUGAAUUCAACAACUGCUUGCGCUUCUCUUUCAGAUACUGUAGUUUUCCUAUUGUGUAGAUGAGGGGGAAAAGGGAGAAGGACAAAGAGCUGGCAAAGUUGUUGAUAGCAAUGAUGUACAGACGAGUUGGGAUUCUGCAUGUGGCACUGGUUGUUUGUUUAACUUGGCAAGGAUGUGGACAAUGUGGGGUAAAAUACCUGAGCAUAAGACUGGGGGGCCCCUCGCCUGUUGAUGUCAGACUGGACACUCAGUGUAGGGCCCUGGGAUUCUUGUCCCAUCCAUCUGAGCCACUUUUGUACCAAGGUCGAAGAUGUAGGCUUUCUGUCCUCUGUGUUACUGAUGUAGGUGUGUUUUCUGGUCCAUCUCAAUGACUUUUACCUUACUGUUUUACAACGCUCUGCAGCUGUGUGGCUAUUUCUUGACAAGAGUAACUGUCUUGUAAUGAAUGCAAUGAAGUCUUUUUAAUGCUGUAAGGAGGUGCAACUGAUCUCAACUUUUAGUGAUUUUGAAAUCUGUACUUGACUUGCAAUAUUCUUUAAGUAGCAAACUACCAGUCAGGCCCGCUUGGUGAAAUAUGAUUUCAAGAAAGUAGCAAGGCUCUUAAGCUAUAUCAUAUCAUAUUUUACCUCAUGCCCUCGCUAACAUUACUGUAACGUACUGUGAGCAGUGGUUUACGCGCCCUUUAAGCUCCAGCUUCUGUCUAGUAGCAGAGACGAAUGUGCAGUUCUGGUCAGAGUGUGUAUGAUUGUAUGUAUGUGAGUGUGUGCGUGUGUGUGUCCGACUGAGCACGCUCCUGUCAUGUUCUGUUUCUGCCAAAGCGACAGUAGAGAUGGUAUCAGAUCAAUUUACCUUGAGUCAGGAAUAACAGGGCAUUGUCUGACUGUGCAAGCUGAUGUACUGUACUCUCCUCACAGGAGAUGAUAAAGACGAGAGGGAUAGGAAAAGUAACACAGAGGCUACUGAGGGACGUCUGUCAAGAGAAGGCACUAAGUGUGGUUUGAGCUGGUAGUGAAUGUAGCAAAAGGCCACAUAAAAAAAAAGAAUCAAAUGCUUCCAGGAAAGGGACACUUAGAUUAACAGGCAGACUGAAUACUGUGAUCCAAGAGAGCUACUUGACACUACCAGGAUGUCAUGUUUAAUGUUUUUGAAUAUGGACACCAUUGAUAAUUGUGUUUGGGGGAUUUUGCCUUGAGCAUCUCAUCACUCAUUUUGACUGAUCAGCCUUUAUCAUAUCACUAUGAUCAGAAAAUGAUCGAUUGUAGCUUUUUCUGGGCUGAUUUCACGGCAGUAAUGAGUUAGUUGGAGAGGUAUUUUGGCUAAUUUGUCAAAAUAUUAAAAAGGUGCAAUUGUUUUUUUUUAAUGGAGUGCAAUUUACUGAGCAGGUGGAAGAUGCUGUUUUCCCUUACUACGCUGUCAUCAAAACAAGCUGACAUGCAAAAUCAAAAGUACUUGUUUUUGAUGUCAAUUUUUAUGUUGAUUACUGUAUGUUUAUUUUUGAUUUAUUAUGGUAUGUUUCAGAGGACAUUGUCAGCACAAUGUUUUGAGUGAUAGAAUGGGAACUGCAAAGUUUCAAUGGCUCCUCAAGCUGUAAGAGACAUGUGAUAAGUUGAUGCUGUGGGAAAUUAACUUGAUAUUGUUUACACCUAAAGCAACUUAGCUCGGUGUUAGGUUUCCAAAGCUUGAGAACUGAAAGUCUAAUGGAAAUAUGACCCUGUUACAAGUUCUACAACUUUUGCAUGAUGUUAUUUCCAGGCAGAAAAGGUUGUAUGAUAUAGCAGUAACUGAGGAAAGGUAGUUAAUGGUUAAGAAAAGUAUCAUCUUUCAACAUUAACCUAUACUUCCUUAAUUCCCCAGUAUGUAUCUGGAGUUCUGAAUGGACUAGGUAUGUGUUACCCCUUUGAUUAAGGAUCCAGUGUCUGGAUUUUGCCAUUGUGCUUAGCAUACCUGUUCAGCUGGUUUUAAAAUGUGUUGGUUCACAGGGAACUGGAGGUCUGUGGGAGGAUCUGGGAUCAGACUUAUGUGUGUGUGUGUGUCCCUGUGUGCCAGCAGCCUUUGUGUUUCUCUCUCAGUUUUCUAUUCCUGCACUGAGGGGAGAGUGCUUCCUCUGAGUCCCCCUCCUCUUUUUUAACAUAUACCUCACCUUCUGCCUUAGUUCCGAUUAUUGAAAUGAUUGUAAAUUAGUUUGAAACAACAGACUUCUCCAAUCAUUUGUUUCUGAAAAAAUAUGAUGACGAGUAAGUAAAAUACUAUAUUACAAAUGGUUUUCCUUUUAUUUUUGUACGUAUGUGCUGUGCACAGCAGUCAACUGUAUUCCUGAGACGAUAAUAAAAGAUGUUUUGUAAAAGCU